GGGUAUCAGUUUAAGCUUUGCUUGCGAUCCGCAGCAUCAUGUGUCCAGCUGCAUCCCUGUAAAGAAUGGGCUCAUCGUCCCCUGCGAAGCGGGGCAGCAGAAAGAAAGCGAUUAGCAAGGCGGGCAACGACAACGUAGUCCCGGGACAGCGGCCGGCCACCGCCGCAAUCACUCGAGAGAUCGCGAACGAUUGCUUUUUGCAACUGGACACUACUAGACACCGAGUGCUGCGAGCAAGGGGACUGGGUCACACCCUCCCGAUCCCCGGCCAGGGCACGGGAGGCAGGUCGAUGGGACUCGGUGCAAUCCGUCAGCUGAGCCGGGAUCGGAGCCGAUUAGGUUAAAUACAGUCUGCCCAGCGCAAGUGGAACUAUGGCGGCUUUAUGGCUGCAUGAGUUUCAGCAGGGUGACGAGCCCCACCACUCGUUUGGCGUUGAGGAGGCCGAGCGCCAUCAGGCCAGCAAUCUGCCGAGACUGCCGCCUCUUUCUCCACUCCUAACACCUCCUGGGCUUGGCGGCGGCGGCGGCGCCAACCUGCUGUUCGACGAACACUUCCCUGUGCUGGCGGCCAACCGCCAGGAAGGUUACAGCGAGGAAGUGGCAGCCGGUAGCCCCGGCAUCGAUGACCUACUGUCUCAGCUUCGGCAGAAGGAUAACGAUCUCAUCCUGGCGGCGAAGCUGGGCAAAGCCUUGCUGGAGAAGAACCAAGAGCUUACCCAUCAGUACGAGAUAAUGCAGAGAGAGCUCACUGACAAACUAGAGCAUCUGGAACAGGAAAAACAUGAACUGCGGAGAAGAUUCGAGAACCGUGAGGGAGAAUGGGAGGGUCGUGUUGCUGAACUGGAGGGUGAUCUCAAACAACUUCAAGAUGAGCUGGAGAGGCAUCAGGUCCAGUUACGUGAGGCAAACAAAGAGAAAGUAAUAGCUUUGCGGGAACUAUCGGAACAGAACCAGCGACUCCUAGAGCAGCUCACUAGGACAGCUGAGAUAGAGCAGCAACUCUCAAUGCAAGUUCAUAACCUCCGUGACGAGUUCCGGGAGAAAAGCAUAUCGACAAAUCAGCACGUGGUGCGCUUAGAGAGCUUGCAAGCUGAGAUAAAAAUGCUAACGGAACGAAAACAUGAACUGGAGCAGCGUAUCAGUGCUGUGAUUGAGGAGAAUGAACUGUUGCAGGGCACAAUUGAGGAACUUCAGGAACGAGUGUUGAUGGCUGAGCGACAGAGUCUUGAGAAGGAUCUACAGUUGCACCAGAACCAGAUAGAACUCCGUGAAGUACGAAUGUCUCACCGGCAGCUUCAAACGAAAGUGGAUGAAAUGAAUGAGGAGAUCAGCUUGCAUAGUGUGGGUCCAACGAGCACAUCAUUAUUGUCUGAAAUUGAGCAAAGCAUGGAGGCAGAGGAACUGGAACAGGAGAGAGAACAGCUGAGAGUAGAACUCUGGGAGGCUUAUUGUCAAGUGCGUACACUUUGCUCACACCUGAGAGGAAAUGACAUUACGGACUCUGCACUUUCUACUGACUCCUCCAUGGAUGAAUCUUCUGACACCUCCUCUGCCAAAGAUAUCCCUACAGGGAGCCUACACACAGCACUGCAUGAGCUCAAACGCCUAAUCCAAAACAUUCUCGAUGGAAAUGAAUCUACGGUGGUGCUGCUAAGAGUUGAAAUGAACACAAUAAAAGAAGAGAGGGACAAGCUGAAGGCAACAACUGAAGAAAAGGAUCAUGGCAGACAGCUUCAGAAAGCUCUCAGUGACCGGGAUGAAGCCAUAGCAAAGAAAAAUACUCUGGAAAUGGAACUUGCCAAGUGUAAGAUUGACAUGAUGACACUCAAUAGCCAGCUCCUGGAUGUAAUCCAGCAGAAACUCAACUUGUCACAACAGCUGGAGGCUUGGCAGGAUGACAUGCACACAGUCAUUGACCAGCAGCUAAUGGACAAACAACAGAAAGAGUGUCGCCUGCCAGCACACUCCCACGUGAACAGCUGCAGUGUGAGGCACCAAGUCAGCUCCUCGCCAUGAAACAAAGAAAACCAUGGAACCCAUCCAAGGAGAAACACCAAAACCCCAAUGCUCAAAAAGACGAGUACAUCACGCAAACGGUUAAAAAAAAAGUGAAAAACACACAACAUAAAACAUCAAAGCAGUCCAGGGACAUUCAGUUACAGCUCAGUUCAGUUCAUUUGAGCACUGUCGAUUAAGCCCAAUGGAGCUUCAGCAGCUGAAAGACGAGGACGAUUCCAAGGCAGUUAAUGGACUGCAAAUCUCUGGCUGCUCACCUUUUCUUUCCCAAAUAGGCCCUCUUAACAGUUAAGCGUAAAGCCAAGUGUUAACCAUUCUGUUUUCCUUUCGGAUACUGAGACACAUUUUGUGUAUUUUAAUUUAAUUUUGGAUACAGAGCCAUAUCAAGUAUGGAAGGCUGAUAGCCUGAUUCAUGUAAAUUGUACCAGUUAUGAUGUUGUCUAAGGUGGCAGACUCUGCCUGUAUGAUAGAGGAAGGUGUAGUUGAAUGGGGCAAGCACAGUGUGAGAUAUGCAUGACGUAUUUAAAUGGCACAGUGUAUGGAUCAUGGUAAAUCUAUAUAGGGCAGCGUGAUCUGAGGGUGGGAGAGAACAAUGGUUAAUGCUGUGUAAGAUAGUGCCGUGUAUGAAGUAUAUUUGGGUGAUUUGUGCUUAUGGAAAAUGCCCUAGCCUAAAAAUGGAGGUAAUGUGCUGUGCCCCAAUUCAACAGCAUGGAGUUAUGAAUCAUGUGCCUGAAAAUGAGAUUGUUCUGUGUCUAAAAGGAGUAGUGUGGGGUAAUGUAAAUAUACAGACACUAAUAUUGUGCAACUGUGAAAAUGCAAACAAUUGUGUAGAAUGUACUAUAUACACAAUGCUAAUAUACAUCUGUUGCAGAUGCAAUAGAUUGUGUGACUAUGCACCAUGUGCCUGUAAAUCACAGUAUGAAUGAAUGAAGCAUUUUUGGUACAGUGUUGGGCUGUGCAUUAGGUGCCUAUGAAGCUUUCUGCACAAUGGGUACUUGUAGUGUCCGUGUACCAUUUCUCUGCCAUGUCAGUGGUAUAUGGCAUGUCUGUACGAUACAUUAAUGGGUAAUACACAUGGGCCUGUAUAAUAACAUUACACCUGUGGUAUAUUCCCUACGACUGGUGUAGGUCAAAGCACUAAGGACAAUGAUUGCCGGAUCCGUGUAUCAUCUGCCGACGUGGAAAAGUGCACUCCGCACCUGUGCCGUUUUGUGUACCAUGUGCCUUUCCAGUGUGUGCGUGGUGUGGCUCAUCCACCAUGUGCAUGUCCUGUGUGGUGUGGGCUAGUGUAUUAUGUACAUAAAGCCUUUUGUGUUUGCUAAAUCACUGCGUAUGGUUUUGUGUUUUGAUGUGACAUUAGGGAAUGUAAUCGAACACGGUUCUGUGCACUCGUGGUUUCUCGGGUUUGGUCGGGUAGUUGAUACGAAACGAGCUGCAGCGCCACCUACUGUACAACCACAGGAUGUGGUCAUGUCCUGCGUGCUUUAGUUGCAGACGCGGUGUGGUUGGGAUUUUAUUUCAAAUGGUACACGGAUUAGCUGUUUCCUCGCAUCCGAAUUGUUUUUGUUUAGGUAUGAAAAUACUAGUCGCUGUGUUUGUGUCAAAUGUCAUUUAAGAAAACCGUUAAAGUCGACCUGUGGGAGCGGCUUAACGCCUGCAACGUCGGGUCUAUUGCAAUUGCCGCGAAAAUCACUACCUUCAGCUCUGUUGGGUUGGAUGAAUUCUGGCGAGGCGCGGGUGAGCAGGCCUGAAAUAAUACUCCACAGCAAAACUACACACACACAAAAUACUGGAGGAACUCAGCAGGCCAGGCAGCAUCUAUGGAACAAAGUACAGUCGUUUUGGGCCGAGACCUUUCGGGCAGUCAUGUUGUUUGUACUCUUUUCCAUAGAAACUGCCUGGCCUGCUGUUCCUCCAGCAUUUUGUGUGUGUUGCUUAGAUUUCCAGCAUCUGUGGAUUUUCUCUUGUUUGUGACUCCACAGCAAAGGCUUGUUCUCCCUCAGGCUCUCCAUGAACGGGUGACCUUUGUAGUUAAUGGCAAACGAGGCCAUCUGCGUGGCCUUUGACAUUAUGUAGACAGUAUUGUUCACUGGGUCGGCUCAGAUUCUCUGUAUAAAUCCAUCUGCGCUGUGCUGUCCUAUACAAAAACACUAGGCAGAUGAAAUGGACUGUAAACUGCCCCAGGUCUGGGGGUGGUGUACAGGCUAAAUAUGUUUAGCCGUGGAUGCACCUUGGACAUCGGCUUGGAUCUGGAGAUAAAGUGGAAACAACCCGCCAAAAGGAGUCCUUGAAAUGUGGCCUGAAAGUCACCGAAUUUAACCCCUUCCAGAUACACUCUGGCUAUAGGCGAGAAUCAGGGCGUUCAAGGCCAUGAUCUUAAAUAUCUGCGGUGGGGUUACCAAAUUGCACCGCCCCUGCUUUAUUACAUGACAUGUGCACAUAAAGGAUGGAAGUAAAUGGUGCUGCAAUCUGGCAUCUCCCAGUUUAAUAACAGGCACCUCGACGUCCCGGAGCUGCGGAGGCUCCCAGUGGCUACUUCGCUGCUGGAAGCUCUCGUCUCCCGUUUGUUGUCUGCGAUACGCUCGGGAGUGUUGGCUAGCAAAGGCCGCUCGAACAUCGGCGAGCUUUAAGGCUCCAAUAUCAUUACGUCGUUCCAUUACCACACAUCAACAUGGUGUAGCCUCGCUCUUAAAGUUGGUGAUUACAGAUCCCUUUGGUGCAAAGUGACUGUUCGUCUCGGGCAGUGCAGAAGCGGUUUACUAUUCCCCGACUGUACUGCUGAGUGCUAUUACCUGGUGCCUCUGGGUGUCUUUAUUGUGGCUGCUUUGAGAUACAUCCCAAAGACCGUGUGUCGUCGUGUCCAGUCACGCACUGUCUCCUUCCGUGAAGGGUGUGGUUGUGUGUCGGUGCUGGUCGGCUGUUUUACUCUAUGGGACGCGCGUUGGAUAUUCGCAGUGUACCCGCCGGUAAUUCCGCGCUCGCUGCGGGCCUUUCCUGGGAGCUGGUAAUGGAAUUAUUUGACAUUGGCAACACACUCAAAAUGCUGGAGGAACUCAGCAGGCCAGGCAGCAUCUGUGGAAAAAAGUACAGUCGACGUUUCGGGUCGAAACCCUUCAGCAGGACCUAUGGAUGGGUUUCAGUCCGAAACGUCAAUACUCUUUUCCGUAGAUGCUGCCCUGCCUGCUGAGUUGCUCCAGCAUUGUGUGUGUGUGUUGCUUGGAAUUCCAGCAUCUGCAGAUUUUACUCUUGGCUUUGAUCUUGAGGAAGCUUUUGGUUGUUGGAUGUGAAAUCGGGCCGCGCAGAGCCGGUGGUUCCCUUGAGGGUGGUUUUAAGACAACGGGUUCUCCUCGCUCACCCGUUCACAGAAACUGAAAUUAGGCAGGUAGAAAGGAUACUGUCGCUGUAGCUGAAUGUGCUGGUUGGGCAGGCAAUUCAUACCUCAUCAUCACCCGCCAGCGCUUGGAAUGGGACCAGUAUAAUGAAGCGGGCUACUUCUCUGCGAAGUGUGAUCGAAAUAACGAUAUUUGAGCGGGCAUUAAUAUGGAUCCCAUUCAAUGCUGCUCAAAACGGCUCCAACCUAGCCAUCAGCAGGGACAAUCCAAGCAAUGUUUCGGUCUGGCGGGAUAGAGAGGGAUGCGAGAUCGCCUACGCGGGUAUUGGAGCUUUGUCUCAAACAGGUGGCUGCCACUGUCACUAACGACCUCAAUUAUGAUUGUGCAAUAGUAAGUGUAUUGGGAGGUUUAGUUGAUUGUGAAAUUGUCACGACUGUUCCAAUUGUACAGAUAUCAUUCCCAUAACGUAUCCAAUCUCCUGUAGCAGUCUCCGGCUCUUCACCAUACAGCGUUCAGAAAUGGCAUCCAGCUACUUCACCUCUUGUGCUUGAGUCUGAGACCCUUUAGGAUCGUUGCCUGUUGCACCUUCUGUGCAUCUGUAGAAAGGACAUAAUGUGGGGGGCUUUCGGGGGAAGGCGGGGUUGGGUGUUCGGAUGCAGGACAAUCCCAGCAAGCGGCGGGAAAACGGACUUCCAUCCAUCCCAUCGACCUCGCACAUCCCAGCGCUGUGGGAUCUCCACAUUGCAGAGAAGCAGGGGAGCUGGACGAAAGUGAGUCACGGCGGUCGUGUCUAAACCACCCCGCACGCACUUUGUCUCGCUGACAAAGGGCUAUUAGCUCAGCGCCGUGUCAGACAAUGAAAGGGAAUAGCCGCAGUGCUGGCAGGGCUUCCUGUUCACAGUCCUGACUAAAGAGCUCCUGUUGUGAAUAAAUUCGCUCCACACACUGGAGCACCUCUGCUGAGAAGCGAUGAAUGUGACAGUGAGGUUUCAAUUUCCUGUACAUCACAGAGUCUGGGUCUUUUUCUAUAUUGAAAAGGUUUCAUAGCAGUAUAGAAUAUUUGUAAAUGAAAUAGUUUCAUGUUAAUUUGUAUACGAAGAGAAACGCAUUAUACAAAUGCUUAUUUUUCAGUAAAACGUUGCUGCCUUUUUAUAGUCAUGUCUUGUACGGAGCGUGGGAAGCUCCUUAAACAGAUUAUUUCUAUGAGGUGUAU